AUCACACUCUGUAAGAGCUUCCACUAGAAUGAAUGGGGACAUGUAGUCUGUCUGUCUCUGUCCUCCACACACACACACACACACACACACACAGCCUCAGCAGACACAGGCCUGCUGCUGCAGAGAGGAGCUGCGUGACGUCAGAGGAGGCUGCUGGAGCGGUUCCUUGUUGGAGCUGAAAAUGGGGAGACGAUUGCGAGGGCCUGAGCGAGCGGAGCUCUGAAAGAUGAAGUGAACACACCGAUCGAUUGUUGCCGCAAUGUGUGGUCAUGUGACUGAGCCGGGCUCCCCCACUGCACAUGGGAUCUCUCUUCUUAAUGACUUUCCUUAGCUGUCCUGUUUUCACCAUGAGAGGAUCCGUCAGAAGCUUGAUUUCUGUGACCUCAUACUGGCGCUGCCGUUGUGCUGUGUGAGCGCCCCCCCUCCUCCUCCGGCAGUUACUGCACGGAAUGGCCUCUCUGGACCUGCCAUAUCGCUGUCCUCGCUGCGGGGAGCACAAGCGCUUCCGAAGCCUGUCGUCCUUACGUGCCCACCUGGAGUACAACCACACGUACGAGACGCUCUACGUCCUCUCCAAGUCCAACAGUGUGUGCGACGCCGCCGCGUUGCUGCCCCUAGUGGCUGAGGGAGCUCUCCUCACACCUGCCAACAACAACGACCCCUUCGAGCCGCUGCGGCCUUCGGCUUUAAAGGAACGCCGCUUCCCUUGCCGUGAACUUCCUUGUGCGGACGACCUGAGUUUGACCCCGGCUAACUCUAGCACGUCAGCUCGGUAUAUCCCCAAUGUGGAGUUUCCCCUCGGGGAGAUUUUUAUGAAGAAAGCCAUGACAUCUGCAGACCCGAGUACCCAUGGAAACCCCAGCACGGCUGUCGCUGUGGCUGCUAAUGUAGCAGCGAGCGCGGUGGAGGCGGCCUAUGAGGAAGGCCUGGCCAGGCUGAAGGCGCGUGCGUUUGAGCGUCUGGAGCUGGAUGAGAGGCUGGAGAAGUUGUCUGAAGAGGUGGAGCAGAAAAUAGCAGCGCGUGUAGGCCGUCUUCAGGCAGAGCUGGAGAGGAAGAGCUCCGAGCUGGAGCGGGCCAAGCAGGAGAGCGAGCGGCUGAGCCAGGAGAAACAGGACCUGGAGGACAAGGCCUCGGAGCUCUCCAGACAGGUGGACGUCUCUGUGGAAAUGCUCGCUAACCUCAAACAGGAUCUGGUGAACAAGGAGGCAGAGCUCAACCACAAACAGCAGGAGGUCGCUCAGAUUGACCAGUUCCUUCAGGAGACAGCGGCACGGGAAGCCAACGCCAAAGUGCGUCUGCAGCAGUUCAUCGAGGAGCUGCUGGACCGCGCCGACCGCGCCGAGAAGCAACUGCAGAUCAUCAGCAGCUGUGGCACCACACCCAACGGCAGCCUGGGACACUGCAGCCUCCAGGCCUCAAAGGGAAAUGGACGCCAGAGAAACUCCAGCCUUUCUGGAAGCACAAGAGGAAUAUACCAGGUGUCGGACCGACGCUCCUCCCCCAGCACAGGAGCUUCAGGGAGGAUGAAGUCUGUCUCACAGGGAUCCGGCGGUUAUGACAGUGACAGUGUGGAGAUGCACCCCAUGGACGACUGUCCCGAGGCUCAGUACUAUCACAUGCAGUGUCGGCCAGGUGAGGGCGGUUACUCCCCCGGUUGCGGCGGCUCCAGAAACUGGGGCCUCCGCAAACAGGCCAUCCAGAACUGGCAGCGGCGGCCGUACAGGAACAGCACCGAAGGCGAUGAGGGAGACGUGUCGGACGUGGGCUCCAGGACGACGGAGUCCGAAGUGGAGAUGUGGGAACAAGAGAGAAGAGCCGUCGCUGAAGUCCAGCAGUCUGCUGCCCCCUAUCCUCACCACGGCAGGGCAGGGUAUCGCCAUAACGUAGGACGUUCAGAAGUGAUCUACAGCAAGCCAUGUCGUCAUGAGAAAAGCCCGUCCAAAUCCAAUGAGGUGAUCAGUCCGGAGAUCCUGAAGAUGCGUGCAGCUCUCUUCUGCAUCUUCACCUACUUGGACACCAAAACCCUGCUGAGAGCUGCCGAGGUCUGCAGGGACUGGAAGUUUGUGGCUCGUCACCCGGCUGUAUGGACCAGAGUGCUCCUGGAGAACGCUCGCAUUUCUUCCAAGUUCCUGAGCACACUGUCACAGUGGUGCACACAGACACACUCGCUCAUCCUGCAAAACCUCAAACCACGACAGCGAGGCAAGAAGGAAACCAAGGAGGACUAUCUUAAAAGCACACGUGGCUGUCUGGAGGAGGGUCUGGAGGCGCUGCUAAAGGCCACUGGCAGCAACCUGCUGAUACUGAAGAUUUCACACUGCCCCAACCUGCUGACUGAUCGCUCCCUCUGGCUGGCAAGCUGCUACUGCCGAGCUCUGCAGGCUGUGACAUACAGAAGUGCCACAGACCCAGUCGGUCAGGAGGUGAUCUGGGCUCUUGGAGCAGGUUGUAGAGACAUCAUCUCCCUACAGGUGGCGCCACUACAUCCAUGCCAACAACCUGCCCGCUUCAGUAACCGAUGUCUGCAGACGAUUGGAAGAUGUUGGCCACACCUCCGUGCUCUUGGGGUGGGAGGGGCUGGAUGUGGCAUUCAGGGUUUGGCCUCACUGGCGAGGAACUGCAUGCGCCUGCAGGUGCUGGAGUUGGACCAUGUGAGUGAAAUCAACCAGGAGGUGGCAGCAGAGGUGUGCAGAGAAGGUCUGAAAGGUCUGGAGAUGCUGGUGCUGACAUCCACACCGGUCACUCCCAAAGCCCUGCUCCACUUCAACAGUGUUUGCCGUAACCUGAAGUCCAUCGUGGUUCAGAUUGGUAUAGAAGACUACUUUGAGGACCCCAACAGUCCUGAAGCCAGAAAACUGUUUGAUGAGAUGGUUAACAAGCUGCAGGCUCUGAAGAAGAGACCCGGUUUCUCCAAAAUCCUGCACGUGAAAGCAGACAGCCUCUGCUAACACCUUUUGUGCAGACUCUUCAAAUCUUGGCGUGCGGUGCCAUCUUGGCUCCACUCAUUCAAAAAGAUCCAGCUGUUUUUCAGCCCAACCUAUGGAGCUGCAUGCUUCUGCAGCACCAACAGAAACAACAGAGGCUCACCACGAUGAACUAGGACCAAGACUCAAUGUGCAUAUACUCCACAGGUUCACAUGCAAAACAGAAAAAUCACAUUUACUGUUCCAAUGUGGGAAUCAUGAAUGAAAACAAGUCAGGAGGCGUACGUGGUCUAAUAAUCGCACUAAAACGUGACCCGUUUUAAACUUCACAGACUCAGAUAGCCCAAAAAUGAUAAGACCCCAGUUUCUCAGUCCGGUUUUGCUUUCAGCGUAAAAGUGAGUUCAAGAAGCAGCGGCGCUGUAUUUACCUGUCUGCGUCUACAUAACGCCUGAGGCCAGCUUCAGCUUGCGGGCAGCAGCACAUCAUACAGCAGCAAACAUACUUACCACAGUGAAUUAUGUCCGACAGUCAGUGGCUGGUUUAAGAAACGCAAGAAACAGGAGCUUUACGUUUGUUUGUGUGCGUGAAUGAGUGAAUGAGUGAAUGAGUGAAUGCAUAGGUAGACGAGCUGAGAACUGACGAGACGGUUUUCACACGGCGUGUCCUGCACAACUGUAUAUUGAGAACCUGACAAUGGACGACGUGUAACACUUCCUGCUUCCACCCUGAACAGAAACAUGCUGCGGCAGCUCCAGGCACAGCAGAGGACGGCCGACCUUAAAAAAAAACAACAAAAAACAAAAACAACACCUUGACAGUCUAUUAGCCGCUGUAAGGCAAUGAUGCAUUUUGCCGCCUCUUACCAUCCGCUGCUUCCUUCCAGCAUUUUGUCCCAAACCUGGACUCAUCUUUGUAGAUUCAGCGUCUGAUUUUGCUCUUCACUAAGCCUGGGACGUCGGUCCAAAACCCAGUGCCAUUUGGAUCAGUGUCUGUCCUCAUGUCUGUGAGCGUCUUCUCCAAUGUGCCAUAAACAAGGGAAGAGGGGCCGUGUAGGGCAGACGUGAGUUGUGCUCCAUGUGGACUGGGCUCUCCAGGUGCAGAACCAUAGUGGUAGUGUUUAUAUAUCAUCGGGGUUUCAUACUUUCUCAAACUUAACAGUGCCAUUUCUAGUCACAUGGCUUGAUAUGUCUGAGCUCUUGUACAAUCCUUAUUUUUAUUUAUCAGCAGACGUCCUCUGGCUCCCUCUGCUGGUGUUGUUACGCAGCUCUCAGCCAGUGCAGUAUAUGAUGUGUCGACCUUGCCUGCUGUGUUGAUCCAGUCUUCACUGUCACCUUCAAAUUAGCACAAUUCUGGGAUAUAAUUAAGUGUACGAUGCGGAAACUUUGAAGAUGUAUGAGUAGCAAUACUAAUCAGUGCGUGACACUGAGUGUACACUCCUUUAUCUGUGAUCAUUCACCGGGGUGUUCCAACAGUUUAAAGGUGAUAUAAUGUAAAAUAGUGACAUUUUUCGGUGUAUGAUAUGGUUCCCAGUUCAAAACGUUUCAGGAGCGUGGUCACCGAGUUUUUGGACAAAUGGAAAUAAGAUGCUGAGCUUAUACCUCGCGUUCAUGACUGUGUUGUGCACAUUGACAUAAACACACAUACGUGUCCCACUGUCGUUUAUUUUAUAAACAUUUAACCUCUUUGGUUAAUUUUAGCGUGUCAGCAGUGAAGGUCGGCAGCGGCGGAGAAUUAUCACACAACAAUAACACAGCCGAAAAACAAAGUGUGUGAGAGAGAGAGAGAGAGAGAGAGAGAGAGAGAGAGAGAGAGGCUGAAGCUUUCUGUUAUGAAUCCACACCGGAAUGUCUGUGUGGAAGUGGAAAAUCUCCACUGCAGACCCUCGUUUUUCUUCUUCUUCUUCUGUGGUCAAGACGUUUUUGAGAGGGGAAGUGAGGCUUUUUCUGGGUUUGGUAGAGUUCAACAUGAUGAGUUGGGUGAUGGUGGGUGGAGCUACAGACCAAACCAAAACAGUUAGCGGUCUACAAUUGAAAAGUUAUUUUGGGGAACAUACUGGCUGCAUCAUUUGUUUAUCAGUGAAGCCAGUAUUUCAAGUGAGCAUGUUUCCUCCUGUCAUUCUCUGAUGACACGUAGUCUGUCUUAAUACCAAAAUCAAUUUACAAGUGGUCAAUCCCUCUCGGUGCGUCAUCUGCGGCUCUGCAGGAGAUUUUGUCAAGGAUGAUGUCAUCAGGGUCAUCUCGAGAUCGGCGCUAAACGCACUCAAUCCACAUGUGUUUGAAAGAUGUAGGCGUUUACGUGGCAGGGAAGGUCGGAUAAAAGAAAAGGGUUUUCACUCAGUGUGGACUCAAAGUAAGGAUCUUCUCUGGAGAGUUCCCGUAUGAAAGUGCAAUACUAAAGUACUCCUGAUUCUCAGAAAUCACGCACACCGUUUGGAAACAUUGACGAGGACAAUAUCUGUCACCGUGUGCGCCUUGUUUGUUUAUUUAACCUAAAGUAACGUUCAUGCUGCGACAGUUUCUGUAAAUGUGGCUUCACUGAGGAUGACGACGAGAGCUGGGCGUGUUGUAGUCAUGAUGUUUGAGGUUAUUGCACGAGGACAUGUCGUCAUGUUCUUCCCAGUACUGCGUAUUAUAUUAUCCUACAGUGGUUGUGAUUAUCUGCUCUGGGUCCGUCGACAGGGGAAAAAGGUUUGUGGGGAAAAAGGUUUCACAGCAGAGAUGAGACAAAAAAAAAAAAAGCACUUGUUGAUUUUAAGUUUUAGACAAUCCUGCCUUCGCGAUCUGCUACUCUGUAUAUAAUGUUUGUAAAAAAAAAAAAAAGAGAGAGGAAGAAAAACAAACAGGAAAAAAGGACCAACAUUUGAUGUUCUAUAAUAUUAAGGUCAUAAAUAUGAGUGGAAACAGUUGAAGUUUACAGGUCAUUAUUCUGUAAGCGUCGUUUUCUCCAAAGUUGAAUGAAGGAAACAUAGAGAAUUAUAUUAUGUAUAACAGUUAACAGUGUUGACAAUUGAAGUUGUGUAUUAGAUACUUUAUAUUCAAUGUGCAUCAGAGUCAUAUAGAGAUGGAAAUUAUUUAAGAAGAGGAUAAAGAUGAUUAUUCAGCUAUUUAUUUCUAUAUAAAAAAAAAGAGAGCGAUGUGUAUAAUGUUAGCAUGUUUGUGUUCAAGCAUCAAUCAUUAAGUUGCCUUCUUAACUGUUCUGCUACUGUGGCAAAGCAAAUUAUUAGAUGUUUAAAGAGCUUUGAUUGCCUGCAGGUUAAUAACGUUUCACUUUAUUUGAUUCAGUCUGUUGUUGCACUAGUGAGAUAAAAAAAAAAGAAAAGAUAUCAGAUAUUUAUUAUAAGAGUGUUGUUUUCAAUGUUUAGCUAUUUCUCUGUAUUUGACAAAAUAUGAUGCACUUUUUUUCCUGAACACUUUUAUUGGCCUGUUGGGUCAGAAACAGAAGCGUUUUUUGUUUUUUUUCCUGUGAGUGGAACGUCUGGUGCCAUCUACUGGUGAAGUGCGAAAGACUUAACUGUUGGUUUACAUGUCUGGGUUUUUUUUGCAGGAGGACGAUUUCCCCGAAACAUGGCGAUGAUAUAUGAACUUGUGUUUUGUGGAGAGACGUGUGUCGUUGUUUGGGAAGUUACAAAGAGUGAUUUAGGUACAUGCAAGUGCUUUUUUUUUUACGUUCAUAGCCAAUAUGACCUUAUUUUCACCCUCGUAUGAGUUAUUUAUGUCACGCUCAUACCAACAGUUCAGCCAGAAGAAUGUGUUUUCUCUUGAAUUUCCACUUGAUUUCUGAUUAAUUUAUUCAUUCAGCCUGAAGCACCGCCCACAAAGGGAGGCGCUUCCUUAUUCACGUGUAUAUUUAAUUUCUAAUCCUUUGUUGCAGUGACGCCAACUCAUCCAGAUAUUGUCCGUGUGUCCAUGUACCUCUCUGUAAAUAUUUUAUGUAUGAAUGAUUGUAUUCAUGCCCGUUCAUUUGAAUAGUAUUUUACACAUUACCUCAACACUUAUCUGGGCAAUUAAGUGUGCAGUUUGUCUUUGUAGUAUUAUUAUUUUUGAGUUAUUAUUAUUUCUGACUACCAUCACUCGGUAUGCCGAUCGAUCAAUGAACGUCAUACUUGUCGCUAUGGCGACAAAAUGGAUUUUGUUGCUGUAAAAAAACGUUCCCAAAAGCUGAUCCUCCUAACAGUGACUGCAAUAGAUGGAAAUGUUUUGCUACUCAUUUUCACUCGUUUGUUGUCAUCAAUAAAAAUUGCUUUAAAUUGUA